CAAAUACCAGGUCAGGUUUCAGUGAUGGCAACAGAGAUUGCACCUCCAGUAGUUGUUUCAGAAGUGGCUGCAACAGUAGAAACACCUGUUGUGAUCUCAUUAGUAGAAACAACUGUUGUAAAGCCAGCACCAAUAGCAGUGGUUGAGACGCCAGUUUUGACCCCAGCGGUACAGACACCAGGACAGGUUUCAGUUAUGGUAACAGAAUCUGCCCCUCCAGUAGCUGUUUCUGCAGUAGCUGCAACAGUAGAAUCAACACCUGCUGUGAACCCAGUAGUAGAAACUCCUGUUGUAAAGCCAGCAAUAGAUGCAGUGUUUGAGACACCAGUUUUGACCCCAGCGGUACAGACACCAGGUCAGGUUUCAGUUAUGGUAACAGAAACUGCCCCUCCAGUAGUUGUUUCUGCAGUGGCUGCAACAGUAGAAUCAACACCUGUUGUGAUCCCAAUAGUAAAAAAUCCUGUUGUAAAGCCAGCACCAGUUGCAGUGGUUGACACACCAGUUUUGACCACAGCGGUACAGACACAAGGUCAGGUUUCAGUGAUGGUAACAGAAAUUGCACCUCCAGUUGUUUUUUCAGCAGUGGCUGCACCAAUAGAAACACCUGUUUUAAUUCCAGUAGUAGAAAGUCCAGUAUUAAAGCCAGCACCAGUUGCACUGGUUGAGACACCAGUGAUGACCCCAGUGGUACAGACACCAAGUCAGGUUUUAAUGGCAGUAACAGAGGCUACACCUCCAGUAGUUGUUUCAGCAGUGACUGCAGCAGCAGAAACACCUGUUGUAAUCCCUGUUGUGGAAACUCCAAGUCAAGUUGUUGUGGAAGAGACACAGGUUGUUACCCCAGUGAUAAUGACACCUACUGUGAUUCCAAUAACGGAAAGGUCAGUUGUGAGCCAAGUAAUAGAAUCUACCGCAGAAUCAUCAGCUGCAAUUUCAAUGGAAGAGAGACCUGUUAUGAUCCAAGUGGUACAGACACCAGCUCUGGUUUCAGUGAUUGCAAAAGAGGCUGCACCUCCAGUAAUUCUACCAGCAGUGACUACAGGAGCAGAAACAUCAGUUGUGAGCCCAACAGUAAAGGUAAACCCACCAGUGGAAGUGGCAGAGACACCAGUUCCAGUACCAGAAGCACCUUCUGUGAUCCCAGCAGUACAUACACCAGUUGCAGAGCAGGUACCACAGAAACCAACAACAGCCCUGCCCUUGGUAAAGACAACAUCAGUUGUGACUGGGAUGGAGGCACCCGCUGUGGCUACAGUAGCCCCUGUGAUGAUGACACCAGCAAUUACCCCAGUUGUAGCUCCACCUGUUUUGACACCAGAAGUAAAUAAAGCACUGUUGCAGGUAGUUGAAGAGGAGAAAAAGGAAGCAAAGUCAGAGGCUUCAGUUGCGUCUAAAAAUGUUGAACCACCAUUUGUGGUUGCGGAAGAAGUAAAGACAUCAGUUUUAACUGAAGAGUGUGCGUCAGAUGAAGAAAAUAGGAAAGCUUCCUUGCAACAUAUGCCUGUGGUUACUUCAACAGAACUCCAGUCAGAGGUAGAGGAGGAUGUGUGGGAGGAUGCUGUAGAUAAUAUUGGAGAUUCCCCAUGUCAGGUGACAUACACAGAGGGUGCACCCCAAGAUACUGCUGCUAAACAAGCAUCUGAUGCUGCAAUUAAUAGUGCAAGCUAAACCAGUUGAAAGAUUUGAAUGAGUUGGUGCAAGUUUAACAAGCAAAAUUCAGAACAUUUUAUAUCUGGAAGAGGCUGUGGGCUCACAACAAAGAAAUGACCAAACCACUGAGAAGUAAAAUUGGAUCAUUAAAGUUCCAUUAAGCAAAAUUGAACCCAAAAACUGUAGUUAUUCAGUGGACAGGCUGUUCUUUGACCAAUCACAACAUUUUUACAUUUUAUUUUGAUGCAGAAAAUAUUUCAACAUAUAUAACCCUUCAAAAUCAGCUAUUUUGUCAUAUUUUUACUAAGGAUAUUUGUCAAUGUAUUAAUUUUUUAUCCUGAUUCAGAAAUUAGCGUAAUCUAAUGCCAAAUUAUAUCAUGUUGUA